AUGGCUACUUUACCAGGAACAGUACCUCGGAUGGUGCGCCCUGCGCCAGGCCAGAACUACCCCCGAACCGGCUUCCCUCUGGAAGUAUCCACCCCUCUGGGCCAGGGUAGGGUGAACCAGCUUGGCGGAGUGUUCAUCAACGGGAGGCCCCUGCCAAAUCACAUCCGACACAAGAUAGUAGAGAUGGCCCACCACGGCAUCCGACCCUGCGUAAUCUCGCGACAACUGCGAGUUUCUCACGGUUGUGUCUCCAAGAUCCUCUGCCGGUACCAAGAGACCGGCUCGAUCCGUCCGGGGGCCAUAGGAGGCAGCAAGCCCAGGCAGGUGGCAACUCCUGACGUGGAGAAGAGGAUCGAGGAGUACAAGAGAGAAAACCCGGGUAUGUUCAGCUGGGAGAUCCGGGAUAAGCUGCUGAAGGACGGGGUGUGCGACAGAAGCACAGUUCCUUCAGGUGAGGCUUCAUCUGUGAGCUCCAUCAGCCGCGUUUUGAGGGCCCGAUUUGGCAAAAAAGAUGACGAGGAUGACUGUGAUAAGAAGGAUGAAGAUGGAGAAAAGAAAACAAAGCAUAGCAUCGAUGGCAUCCUCGGUGAUAAAUGUAACCGCACAGAUGAAGGUUCAGAUGUAGAUUCGGAGCCUGACCUGCCCCUGAAGAGGAAGCAGAGGCGCAGUCGCACCACCUUCACUGCUGAGCAGCUGGAAGAGCUGGAGAAGGCUUUUGAAAGGACACAUUACCCAGACAUCUACACCAGAGAGGAGCUGGCUCAGAGGACAAAACUCACAGAGGCGAGAGUACAGGUGUGGUUCAGCAACAGACGAGCUCGGUGGCGUAAACAGGCCGGGGCCAAUCAACUAGCGGCCUUCAACCACCUGCUUCCUGGAGGAUUCCCACCCACAGGGAUGCCAACUUUACCCACAUACCAGCUACCGGAGUCCAGCUACCCCAGCACCACGUUAUCACAGGAGGGCAGCAGUACAUUGCACAGACCCCAGCCCCUGCCUCCGUCCUCCAUGCACCAGGGAGGUCUGAGUGCUGACAGCAGCUCUGCUUAUGGCCUGUCGUCCAAUCGUCACAGCUUCUCCAGCUACUCCGAUACUUUCAUGAGCCCCUCAGCAUCCAGCAACCAUAUGAACCCUGUCGGCAACGGGCUCUCCCCCCAGGUGAUGAGUAUCCUGAGUAACCCCAGCGCUGUACCCUCCCAGCCCCAGCACGACUUUUCCAUUUCCCCCCUGCACAGCAGCCUGGAGAGCUCCAACCCCAUCUCAGCCAGCUGCAGCCAGCGCUCUGACACCAUCAAGAGUGUGGACAGCCUGGCUUCCUCCCAGUCAUACUGUCCCCCGACCUACAGCGCCACCAGCUACAGCGUGGACCCCGUCACUGCAGGCUACCAGUACAGCCAGUACGGCCAGACUGCUGUAGACUACCUAGCUAAGAACGUGAGCUUGUCCACCCAGAGGAGGAUGAAACUCGGAGACCACUCGGCCGUGCUGGGACUUCUGCAGGUGGAGACGGGACAGGCCUACUAA